AGAUUCAGCAAGUUACGAGUCGACAAGACAGAAGAGAUCAGGAGAGAGGAAGAAGAAAAAGAGAUAAGAAGAAGAAGAGAAGAAGAAGAAGAAGUACUUCUGCUCCAUGGCUGGAUCCAUGCUAAAUCUCUGCCAGAAAACCCCCUUGGCCAGGCAGCAACCCGCCGCAGCUCCAGAGUGGCCUCUGCAUCCAAGGGCAGAGAUGAGACAACCAGAGAGGAGCCAGAGAGGUCCAUGUCCAUGCCAAAGAGACAGGCAAACAUCAUGGUGGCCAUCCCAGUGAAAAAGGGCAGCCUCGGGGCCUCAGCCUCAACCUCAACCACGUCGACCUCGGCCUCGUCCUCCACGACUGGCCGGAGUCCCGCUGGGUACAGCACGCCUGCUACCACGGCCACUACAACGCCGAACAAUGAGACAGAGUUGAGCACUAGAGCCUCGAGAAGAGUCAAUGCUACUGCUCGUGCUCUAGAGUUGAGAAACAGCUCUCUCGGCUUGAACAGCAGGAAGAGACCAGCCAACGCUGGCAGCAGCAGACCAAAUACGAUUGACGAUGAGAAGCUGGCUGCUGCACUCCAGGCUGAAGAGUACAAUGCCAGACCUACUGCGAAGAAACAGAAGACCGCCCGUGGCUCAAAAGCUAAGCCCGUCAUACCUGAUUCCGAGUCUGACGCUGAACCAGAGUCACGGCCAGAGUCAGAUUCAGAUUCAGAAGAGUGGUUCAGCACAAAUGAGGAGGCUAUCAAAAAUACUCCCAAAAAGUGGUCUAGGAGAACGCCCAAGGACUAUCGAGCAGUCUCACCCUCAGACUCCGACCUGAAUAGCGUGGUAGGCAUGGUGACUGACUCCAUGGACUCAAGCCAGCUGUCAGACAUAAGCUCAAUCGCAGACUCAGAAGAGUCCGAUGAUUUAGUUCCGAAUGGCCGCUAUCGUCGCCUGGAACGUUUCAUAGCUGCAAGUAAACCUACAAGGGCUCAGAAAGAACGGAUCAAACUUGAGAGGCAGCAUCCCCAAAUUACAGAUAUGUGGGAGAAACUAGAGCAGAAGCCUAUCCUCUCACCCCCUCCUGCUGCUCAACCAGAGGGCAUUAAUAGGAAAUUGAAGCCGUUCCAGCUCGAGGGACUUAGCUGGAUGCUAGCCCAGGAGAAGUCGGAGUGGAAGGGAGGCUUGCUUGGAGACGAGAUGGGAAUGGGUAAAACUAUUCAGGCUGUCUCCCUGCUGAUGUCAGACUAUCCUGUUGGAAAGCCCUCAUUGGUCGUCGUUCCUCCUGUCGCUUUGAUGCAAUGGCAGGCUGAAAUAGAGUCCUAUACCGACGGCAAGCUGAAAGUGUUUGUCUACCAUAACGCCAACUCCAAGGUCAAGGACGUCAAAGCCAAAGAACUCAAGACCUACGACGUCAUCAUGGUAUCAUAUUCCGGUUUAGAAUCAAUGUACCGCAAGGAAACCAAGGGCUGGAAACGAGACGGUGGACUGGUUAAAGGCACCAGCAUGCUUCACUCCCUUGAUUUCCACCGCCUCAUCCUCGAUGAAGCCCAUAACAUCAAGCAGCGUACCACCAGUGUGGCCAAGGCCUGCUUUGCGCUAAAGUCAACAUACAAGUGGUGUCUGUCUGGAACCCCCGUGCAGAACCGAAUCGGCGAGUUCUUCUCUCUUCUUCGCUUUCUGGAAAUCAAACCGUUUGCAUGCUAUUUCUGCAAGACUUGUCCUUGCGAAGCUCUGCAUUGGACACAGGAUGCACAAAAGAAGUGCACUCUUUGCAACCAUAAUGGAUUCAACCAUGUCUCCGUAUUCAACCAAGAGAUUCUCAACCCAAUUACUGAGCAUCGAGGCGACGAUGAAAAGCGCAAGGACGCCCUGAAGAAACUGCGCCUUCUCACUGACAGAAUCAUGCUUCGACGAGUAAAGAGAGACCACACUUCGUCCAUGGAACUUCCCCCGAAGAGAAUCGAAAUUCACCGCGAGUUCUUUGGAGAGAUAGAGCAAGAUUUCUCCCGUAGCAUCAUGACCAACACUACCCGCCAGUUCGACCGCUACGUCAGCCGGGGAGUCAUGCUCAACAACUAUGCCAACAUUUUCGGUCUAAUCAUGCAGAUGCGACAGGUAGCCAACCAUCCAGACCUAAUCCUCAAGAAACACGCAGAAGGUGGCCAGAACAUCCUUGUAUGCUGCAUCUGCGACGAGCCUGCCGAAGAACCCAUUCGCUCCCGAUGUAAACACGAAUUCUGUCGCCAGUGUGCAAAGGAGUACAUGGCCUCGGUCCAGUACGGCUCCGAACCAGACUGUCCUCGCUGUCACCUGCCGCUCUCAAUCGACUUUGAACAGCCCGAUAUCGAACAAGAUGAAGGCGGAGUCAAGAAGAACUCCAUCAUCAACCGCAUCAAGAUGGAGAACUGGACCUCUUCAACCAAGAUCGAGAUGCUGGUCUUUGACCUGUGCCAGCUACGAAACAAGAAACGCACCAACAAGUCCAUCGUCUUCUCGCAGUUCACCUCCAUGCUGCAGCUGGUCGAAUGGCGACUCCACAGAGCAGGUAUCAGCACUGUCAUGCUAGACGGCAGCAUGUCGCCUGUCCAACGACAGCGAUCCAUCGACUACUUCAUGAAAAACGUCGAUACAGAGGUAUUCCUCGUCUCUCUCAAGGCCGGUGGUGUAGCUCUCAACCUUACCGAAGCCUCACGGGUAUUCAUCGUCGAUCCAUGGUGGAACCCAGCUGCAGAAUGGCAAUCCGCCGACCGAUGCCAUCGAAUCGGCCAGCGACGCCCCUGCGUGAUCACCCGUCUGUGCAUCGAAGAUUCCGUCGAGUCUCGCAUGGUCCUGCUGCAGGAGAAAAAAGCCAACAUGAUCAACGGCACGAUUAACAAGGACCAAAGCGAGGCGCUGGAGAGGUUGACGCCAGAGGACAUGCAGUUCCUCUUCCGCGGAAACUAA